UUCCAGUAACAUUUCAACUUCUGUUCUGAUACGUCGUUAACUGAAAAAAUGAAGCAAUUUUUAUUUUUGACACUUUUCUUAUUUUUGGCCUUUGAUAGUGUUUUCAUCAAAGAGGCUAUGGGUCAAACUACUUAUCAGGAAGUAAUUUUGACUUUUCAUUGGAACUCUCAAGGAGACAAUUGGGUCUCUAGACUGGAACCUGUGUUCUCAUUCUGUCCAGAUUUUGCCACUACCGCUAAUGAAAUUUUAGAUUCAUUGACUGGUCUCACUCACGAUCAAGAUGUACUCGCGCUGCGCGAUGCUUUAAAGAAACUUCCAGAAGUUACAGAUUUCCUUCCAAAUAGUAUCCAAACUGCAUUCAAUAAUUGGGAACAAAACGGCUGCAAUGUAAUACCAGCAACUGAAAGUUAUCUUAAUAAUAAGUACGAAACAUUGAGAAGAAUUUAUGUCAAUUUUAAAACUGAAUUUGAAAAUGCAAUAAUUAACGUGAGAUUAAAGGCGCAGAAUUAUUCAAGGAAUUUUAAUGAAGUUAAAAGUAGGCUUCAAGUGGCCAAAAAAGCAGUGGAUCGGUACAGCUUACGCCGUGAUAAGUGGGUAUAUUUUUUAAUGGGCCUUGAAUCGUCCCUAUAAUUAUUUAGAGGUGAGCUAUAAGAGCUCGAUAAUCUUAGGGAAAAGCCCAAAUAUAUCUGAGGUCUCUAAGAAUUUAAAAAAGAAUUAAAGAAAUCGAUUCAUAAAUUAUAUUUUCUAUUGAAAAAAUUGUACUUCCAACUCAAACCACAAUAAAUAAUUUCAUGAAA